AUGUCCUUCCUCAAGGCGAACUCGUCCUCGCGCAUCAACGCACCCUCGCCAACGCCCUCCAACACGUCGGCCAGCGGCGCAAAGCGCAAGCGCCCAGCAGAGGGAGCAUCCACCGUCGUCUACUCGCAGCCGCAGGACCAGGGCACCGGCGAGCACGUCUACACCCGCCUCACCUAUGCUACCGACUACCUACGCGGUCACCCGACAGAAUGGAUGACCUUCGACGACAUCAUGGGCUUCCUCAAUGUCCCGCCCGGUAAUAUCCAGCGCGAGCAGCUCCGCGCCCUCAUGCGCGCCGAUAAUCUCGGGAACCGCAUAUCAUGGAACGCUCGCGAUGAAACGUACCGCUACAAGCCCAAACUCAACAUUCGCAAUGCUGCCCAACUCAAGGGCUACUUGCAGAACCAGAAGUCGGCUCAGGGUUUAGCGAUCAAGGACCUAAAGGAUGGCUGGACCACUGUAGCUGACGACAUCAAGGCUAUGGAGGACAAGAAGGAGGUGCUGGUGAAGCGUACCAAGGACGGUGUGCCAAAGACGGUCUGGGACAACGACCCCUCGAUCAUGUAUCCCAUGGACCCGGAGUUCAUGAACGAGUGGCAUAAGAUCGCAAUUCCACCCAAUCCGGAUGAUCUGCGCAAUACGCUCAUUAACGUCGGCUUGACAGCGGCCAGCCAGCCCCGUCAGAUCAUUACAGGGUCUAAGGGGAAGAAGAAGCGAACUAUGCGCCGUGGAGGCAAGCAGACAAACACCCAUAUGGCACAUAUAUUGAAAGAAAGGACUCCACGGUAG